ACGCCCCCAAUCCACACCCCAGCCCGCCCCGAAGAGGAAGCGGGCCGGAGGGAAUGGCUCAGAAACGGAAGAUGGGGGCUCAGGGUCCACCGGCUCAGGGCCGGCCCGCUGGCCUCCCGGUUUUCACGCCGACCGGAGGGACGCGUCCCCCGGCCGUUCCCCUCUCGCGUUCGCCGCAGUCCGCCGCCCCCGCGCGCGCCGAGCCGGGCGCAGGCAGGGGAUGCCCGGCUCCGGCUCGCGGGCCGGCCGCGGCUCCGAGUCCCGUGACGGCGGGGGACGCUUCCGAUGCUGAUGGCAGCGGGCUGUCCGCGCGCCACAUUCACUCUGGUUGGAUUUCCCCUUUCGCAGCAGCCCUGGCCGGUAGGAGAGUCCUUUCCCGGAAGACUGGAGUUCUGGUGAUCCUAGGUGGCGCCUUGAACCGAGCGGCCCGUUUUAAUGGCAUGUUCACCAUCGAUCCGAAUGCUGCGUGGACUCUUCCCCGAGUGACACCCGAGUUCCUUCGUGUGGCCGAGGAGCAGCUUCUGGGUCUGGCUCCGCCUGGUCCUCAACGCCCACUUCCCGCUUCAGCAUGCUCUGCAGUGACCCACAUACCUGACGUUCCUUGCACGCCGAGGCGGGUGUCGGGCCCCUGCCAGGGAUGCCUCCCAUGCCUUCUCUGCCAGGGCGCUGGUCCUCCCAAGGAGAAGCGGCCCAGACGUCCGACUCCAGCACCCAGCCUUCCUCAGUGCGCCCUGAGGGGCCAUCGGGCGGAACAGCCGCUGAGGACGCGGAAGCUCCCGAAAGACAGGCAGGAAGGAUUCCUGGGUCUUCAUGCUUCAAAGCGCCAAGAGUGAGCAAGGACACUGCCCCACAACACUAAAGGGACACCAGCUCCCGGAGGCUUCAACUACUGCUCAGCCCUGUGACGCGCUAGAAUCACUGAGGAGCAUUCAGACACCGACGGCCAAGCCCACCCCAGACCAUCAGGUCAGAACUGCGGGUGGCCUCCAGUGGGGGAGGUGGAAGCUAUCUUCUAAGAAGCCAGGCAGGAUGCACGGCAGGAAGGUGGCCUUUGCGCCCAACAGGGCUUGAGAAGAGGUUCUAGGAAGAAACCCUGGGCCCCAGAACAGGAGAGGUGGUUGCAGCGGGUGCCAGAGCCCAGCAAGAACUUCUGUCCCCUGGCAAGAGCCAAAGUCGGGCCUUCCGCACACGGAGAAGGAACUUAAAUCAAGAAGCAACCCUUGUUUGAAACAAGGAUGAAUCCAGGAUACCCCCUGUUUGAGAUGUUGGGGUGUGUGGGGGACAGUUCUUCCCCACCCCUCGGCCUGUUUGGCUUUACUUCCUCCCUGCAGCUCCUCCCGGGACCCUGUCUCAGCUAUUUCUGGAGAGCCCACGCUUGUUCCCAGGACCCUGUGGACCCUAGAACCCUGCCCCACUGGCAUCUGGAGUGGACAAGAUCCCAGGUCCAGUCUUUACCCAAAAGGCUGGGGCCAGAAGUAUUUCAAAUUCAGACCCACCCUCUGAUUUGAGAAAGGACCCCAGAUCCUUGCCUCCUCUGGCAGUCUCACGGGAGGGCCGUGGACAGGCCUGGGUUCCCCGCCCUGACCCACAGACCCCGGCAUCCUCGCCAAGAGAAGAGGGGAGGCAGGCUGACUCCUAACGGGGCCACCGGGCCCUUUGCAGCCUCCACCCUUGCCCCACCUCCAGCCCGCCAAGAAGAAAAU